AUGGAUUUUAUUGAGAUCGUCCCUGUGUCGAAGAUCCUAUCGCAUACACGCUACCUGUUAACUCUCCGGUCGGCAGAGGGUGUAUAUCGCUCGCUUCUGCUUUUCAGGCUGUCGACAAACUCCGCAACUGAAAACGCGGAAUCCGAGUCAAUUGCUGAUCAGCUCUAUGUCAUGGAGUCAGCGUGUCCGCACCUAGGAGCAGACCUGUCGCAUGCAGAUAUUGAAGAGUGCGAGACUGGCGCAGUUGCUGUUUGUCCUUGGCACAGGUAUGACUUCGACAUGCGUACAGGCCAAAGUGAUACGGGCCUACGAGCUUGCGUGUACAAAGUCGAAAUCAAGAAAGCUUCCUCUAAUGAUAUCGACGAUACGGUAUGGAUCGAAGCUCCUGAAGGAGGGACGAACUGGCGCCUUGUUGAGUUCAGGCCCGUUUCAGAAGAUUUCGCUGAUCCUCCGCCGCAAAGGGCGGUUACGAACUCAAUCGAGUCGUCUACUCCAGAUUUGAUUACACUCAGAGAACCCGUCGUCCCAAUCGAGAACCCUCCAAAAACACUCAUCGAAUGGGCCGUUCUUAUACUCAAUACCGCUCAUCCCCAACUUAAAGUCGAACGAACGAAACACGCCGUCAGCCUAUUUCGUUCUGGAAAACUCAAGUCUAUAGGUCGCGGGAAGGAUGCGCCGAAACCACCUGAUGUCCCGCCUAGAGAGGAUGUGAUGAAGUUCGUUGAUCCUGGACGAGCCGCGAAGAGGAAGGGGAGGCCUGCAAUGUUGCAUGCGCUUGCGAAUAUUGAGCAAUGGGCGAUUGACCUUGCCUGGGACGCAAUCGCUCGCUUCGGUCCUGCACACCCCACCUUGCCUCAUCAAUUUUUCUCUGACUUUACAAAAGUCGCAUUGGAUGAAGCCAAACACUUCUCCCUCCUCCUUGCGCGGCUACAUAGCCUCUCUACAUUCUACGGCUCUCUUCCUAUUCACGCAGCUCUCUGGUCCAGUGCAACUGAAACUGCACACUCCCUCCGUGCUCGCCUUGCCAUCGUGCACCUCGUACACGAAGCGCGCGGGCUAGACGUCAACCCUUCCACCAUAUCCAAAUUCGCCAAACAAGGUGAUGAGGAGUCCGUUAAAGCGUUGAACAUCAUACAUAAUGAUGAAUUAACGCAUGUAACGGCUGGACAUCGUUGGUUCACGUUCGUGUGUAAAGAAGAGGGUGUGGACCCAGUGAGCACAUUCCGGGAGGAAGUAAAGCGACAUUUUUCUGGGAGUUUAAAGGGUCCGUUUAAUGUCGAGGAUAGGGAGAAAGCCGGAUUGACGAGGGAGUUUUACGAAGACCUUGUUGGAGAACUAAGAGAACAGCCAAAGCUUGAGGUACCCUCUGUUAAGGUGACGUAA